AUGGCACCGAAGUGUGGCGUAUGCCAUCUUCAAGACUCCAAAUACAAAUGUCCCAUCUGCGAACUGAGAUACUGCUCUAUACCAUGCUACAAAUCGCAUAAAUCCGUCCAUAUCAACCAAGCUUCUGAAAACGGGAUCUCGACCGCUGAAAAGCCACAGGAGACCGCAACUGAUCGACCAAAACGACAAAAGCUCGACAAAGUAGACUUUUCUGGAUUCGAAAAUGAUACGGACUUUCAGCAUCUCCUUACGAGAUUUCCCAAUCUGAAGAAUCAGCUACAGCUGGUGUACGGCGUCACUUUGGAACCUGGGCCGAACGAAACCUCCUCGUGGGCCCGCAAGAACUGGUUCAAAGAUGGCCACGAUGAGCAGAGCGAGUCAAAUCGAGGAGGCUUUCGCGAUCGUGGACGAGGACGAGGCCGCAUUCGAGGGCGUGGCGGACGAUACAUUCCAGAUACUCCAUCGUCAGACAACGGAUUGCACGGUGCUUGGACUCAGGAAAAGGGAAACAAGCAGGCUCAAGACAUCAUCCAUGCCAUGAGGAGCAGUGGCAAGUCUGACCUGGCGGAGGGUAUGGAAGAGUUCAUUCAGUUAUGCCACCUGAAGUUCGGAGAGAAAAACUAG